GUCGACAUUGAACUUUCAAGCACUGUGAACGAUGUGCUUUAGAAGAAAGGAGCCGGGCAGCCUGCUCCACUAGAGCAUCACCGGCACACACCUGAAAACGGACACAUUUGUCACCUUUAACCCGAUGGCUGCUGCUAUGUUGAGCAGGACAGCUUUGAGCAGAGGUGUUACUGCCCACCACCUCAGUAAAAAUGUCACUUUCUAUGUGAAUGAGGUGGCAUCUCCUGUGUCAGGAUGUCAGACCAAAGCCACUGAAGAUAUUAAACCUCUGACACUAAUGCUGCCAUGGUUUGGAUCACGUCCACAAGCUGUGGCAAAGUACUGUGAAAUCUACUUCCGCACCGGCUUUGAUGUGCUUGUAGUGGAGAGUGAGGUGCAAGACUUCCUGUGGCCUCGCUGGGGUCUGGAAAAUGGGAAAAGGUUGCUGGAGUUGCUCAACAGUGAACGCUUUGUGUCCCGCCCACUGCUUGUCCAUGCCUUCUCCAUCGGUGGCUACACAUUUUCUCAUCUGCUGGUACAUAUGUCCAACGACACACAGAAAUAUCAGGAGUUCACAAAGAGGAUCAAAGGCCAAAUCUACGAUAGCCUGGUGGUCGGCACUAUAGAGACGAUGGCUGUAGGUCUUGGUAAGACUGUAUUUCCACGUUUGGAGACACUGGUGAAACAAGUAAGCCUGCUAUACUUUCGAAUGUUCAAACGGCAAACAGUGGACUACUUUAACAUGGGCAUCGAUGCGUUUUGGAACAGUCCCGUCACUGUUCCUGCACUGUUCUUCUUUUGCGAGAACGACACACUGAGCAACGCACGAGCUUUGGAAGAAUUGAUUGAUUUCUGGCAGAAGCGCGGUAUUGAUAUAACAGCAAAAAAGUGGGAGGAUUCAACACAUGCAGGUCACUUAAAGAGGCACCCACAAGAGUAUGUGACCACCCUAGAUAUGUUCCUCCAUUCACUCCACAUCACCCCUUUGAAGGCAAAGAUGUGAAAGGGCUUCAGCCUAAUCUAAUAUGAUCUUGAAAUCGCCUAUUUUCUUUGAGUAACUGGAAAGGUUUGCUGUUCUACAGUGUGUAACAGGGGCAGUGAUAUCAAACAGUUCAUGGUGAGAGACACUCAGGGCGUUUACUUAUGAGCAGGAUUUGUGACGUCACAACUAGUUUGGAAGCAGUCAGGGGUGAGUAUGCAAGUCUCCAGUGCAUAAACACUAAAGCCUGAUUUAUACUUCUGCGUUACGUCGAAGCGUAGCUACGCAGAGCUCUCUGCGUCGAAGCGGACCCCUACGCUGUAGCCUGACGUGCACCUCCAAAAAAUCCUAACUACGCGUCACGGCAACGCGGACCGCAAGGGUUGUGAUUGGUCCGCUCAAAACGUCAUUUCCUCCGGCAGUUGCUUUUUCCGGUCUUUCUUCCUGCAACACCGCCAUUAUUAUUAAUAAUGAACAAAAGGUAUGUGUUUUCUGUUAUUAGCGCACAUAACGCACAUAGCACAAUGCUACAUGCUACUGUGACCAACAAAAAACAAAAAAACCAUGCUACUGUGACCGGAAGAUAAACAAGGAUACGGAUAUGACUCCUCUGAAACCACACACACCCCCUAGCGGCAUGGCGGUGAAUUGCAGAGCAACGCGUUCCCUCGACGCAGGGACUAUAAAUGGCCAAGCGCACUGGCGUAGCUACUCCGUCGACGUAACGCAGAAGUAUAAAUCAGGCUUAAGAAUGAACUUUACAGUGGGAGUGGGAGAGUGGUAGACAUUUUCUGUCCAUCAGGGAAACAAAUCUUAUUUACAUAUUCACAUGAAUAAAUACAUUCAUCAUUUAAACUGUUUCAGACAGUCUAUUCUCAUCAUUCAUCUGUUACAAUACACAGUAGUGUUUGUUUUAUGUUUUUUUUUCAGGCAUAGUGGCUUUAACUUGUGUUGGGAGUUGAUUGUACUGUUGUCUCAGAAAGUCUUUCUCCAGAAGUGCUGUGCUGAGUAAGUUGCAUAUUGAAGGUGUACAUUUCGUAUACAUUUGUCACAUUGUUGCUAUGACAAUGAACACAGUGACACUCAUUUACUAUUACUUGUGAAACCAGCCAGAAACAGGGUGAAAAACCACUCCACCUUCGAGUUUCCUGUCAUUAACCUUAUAUCUUGAAAGGAUUUUGUAUAUAGCCAUAAUAGUGACUUAGAGUAUAUACUCUUCAAUGCACCAAAUCUGUUUGGGUAAGCAAAACAUUUCCAUAAGCCAUUGUUCAUGCAUUUCCUUUACUUUCUCCAGGUUAAAACAUAAUCCCAUCACCGCACAGCCCAUAUUGAUUCAAAUAAUCAAAAAAAACAUAGACUCUUAAAUUCCACCAUGGUGGUAUAAGUUAAAGCUGAUACAUACAUCCAGGAGAUCAUAUUGUCCUCUUGAUCCAGAGAUGAUCACAACACUAUUACAUUGCUGUUUAUUGUUUACACAGUACCUGGAUACUUGGUGCCUUAAAAAGUGGAUACUUCAUUAUCACAGUUGCAGGGUUCUUUUGAGCGUUUUAUGUACUGAAGUGAUUAAUUGUGGUAUCUGUCACCCAGCUCUUAACAAUAGUUUAUUUGUCUGUUAUUCUGCUAGUAUUAGUCCUGCUUGUUGUGUGUUACACCAGUAGACCAGUUUACCUCUCAACAGUGGAUAAUGACCCUCAGUAGAGAAUCUGUAUGAAUGAACAAGACUGUCAUAAACUACCAAAGCAGCAAGAAACAAGUUGGACUUCAAAACGAGAAUGUGAAGAUGACAAGUUUCCAUUGUUUUGCUAACAAAUGUCAUGUCUGUUGGAGGUGUUUUUUGAACAUGAAAUGGUGCUUCUUGUAUUGUAAAGCUUUGUGUCUUGUCACUUGAACGUACAUCAUGUCUGAUUUGUUUACUUAUUAUACAUACGUUUUCAUGUCUUCUGCAGCCUCUAUUUGGAAAUAAAUCUAAAGACA